AUGUCUGAUUCGUCUGAUUCUCAGGUAACUGCUACUUCAACUGGUGAAAAUUGGUGCUACAGAUAUGAAGCAGCUAUACGCGAAAUUAAAAAAUAUAUUCAUUUAUUAGCGAUUGGAUUCAUUAUGAUUUUAUUGGUAUUUUGUGGAUUUUUAUUAAUAAAUAACUCUUAUGAUAAUAAUUGUCAGUGCCAAGUGCAAUUAGAUAUGAUAAAUGAACGGAUGCAAGCUCACAAUUUACAUAAUUUAGAAAUAGGAAUAGAUUUAUUAGCUAAAACUAAACAUAACAUAAAAUAUAAAGCUAAUUUAUAA